AUGGAUCCACCUGUUGAACUCCCACCCGCUGGCAACCCCUGUGCCAUCAACAACGGAGGCUGCGAACACGACUGCGUGCAGCUGACCUUCUCCCACCACCGAUGCCAAUGCCGGCCGAAUUACCAGCUGAAAGAGGACGGCAAGCACUGCGUGGUGAAGAAUCCAUGCGCGACCCACAACGGAGCCUGCAUGCACAAAUGCCACAACCACAACGGGCUGGCGCGUUGCGAAUGCCACCCGGGCUACCGACUGGCGCCGGAUCGUAAAACCUGCCAAGCCUGCCCCAAAGGGACUUUUGGGAAGAACUGCAGCUCUCUCUGUCUCUGCCAAAACGGAGGCAGCUGCCAUCCAGUGACGGGGACCUGCCUCUGUCCCCCCGAGGCCGACGGGGACCGGUGCGAAGAUGUCUGUCCCAGAGGAUUUUUCGGAAAACAGUGCCGGAAAAAAUGCCACUGUGCCAACCGGGGACGAUGCCACCGGGUUUUCGGCACCUGCCUGUGCGACCCGGGACGCUACGGGCGUUUCUGUCACCUAGCUUGCCCGAAGUGGGCGUACGGGAUCGGCUGCUCGGAAGAGUGCCGUUGCGUGCAAGCCAACACACAACACUGUGACAAGCGAGACGGCACUUGUGUUUGCAAGCCUGGGCAUCGAGGGGAAAGGUGCCAAUCGGCUUGUCCCAGCGGCUUUUUCGGGGUGGACUGCCAGCACGCCUGCCGUUGCCUCAACGGAGCCCGCUGUGAUCCCGCCACGGGCCACUGCCACUGCGCCGCGGGUUGGAUCGGGCCACACUGCAACCAAAGGGCCACCGCCACGGCGCCGUGGGCUGGAUUGGGCCACACUGCAACCAAAGUGUGUCUCCUGGCAGCCGGGCAUGAAAAUAGGGCAUCUCCCUUGUCUGUCUGGAUCCGAACUCAGGCUCACCUCUCUCUCUUUCUCUCUCUCUCUCUCUCUCCAGCUUGCCCAGCUGACCGCUACGGCGAGAACUGCACCCAGGAAUGCCACUGCGCCAACGGAGCCUCGUGCCACCCUGUCACGGGGCGAUGCCUGUGUGCACCAGGAUGGGUUGGUGCCACUUGCCAACAAGAGUGCCCGCCGGGACGCUACGGGCCGAAUUGCGAGGGAUUGUGUCAGUGUAAGAACGGCGGUCAUUGUGUGGCCACAACGGGGGCGUGCCAGUGUCCGGCUGGAUACAUCGGCGCCGAUUGUAACGUAGGUAAGGCUGUGUUUAUUUCUAGUCAACCGCAAAGAGUAAAAUCCUAUAUAAAGCAACAUGGAUCGCUUAAUGACCAUCAAGAGCUCCGGGUUCAAUUCCGGUCGUACGUUGAGGCCCAGCUGCAUGGCAUCACUUCCCAAUGCUUUUGCUUCCCAAUUUUUUAAAUUUUAUUAUGCGGUGGUUCUGCUUGGAUUUAUGCACCGUUUUCUCUCCUUGUGGCAUUUGUAAUGAUGAUGAUUAUGUAUAAUUUUUAGCCUGAGGUUAUCGUUUUAUCUGCUUGCUUUCGUUUUAGCUUUUUUUAAUAAAAAAAUCGAUUAUUGGAUUAUUUCUCUUUUGAUGCUUAUUUUUUCCUCCCUUUUUUUCGGCUUGCUUUUGCUAGCUUUUAACUUAUUUAUUUAUCAAAUGUAACGGCUGAUUGAUUUCAGCUUCAAUUCGAUUCACAGUCUGGGACUGGUCAAAACUUAACAGUUCAGCUGUUAAGGUAACGUCUGUGUAUAU